AUGUUUGUUAGUGUGAACCCCCGGGAGGCGAUGGUGUGCCCCCCGGCCCGCCCGCCCUCCUUGUUUAUGUGGUGGUGGACUCCACCCCUUCUCAGGUUAUUUAGAGUCGUUAGAGGCGCUCGACUGUCGACCACAGGUGUUGUGGGGUUAGGCUAUCCCUUCUCAGGUUGUUUACAGUCGUUAGAGGCGCUCGACUGUUGGCCCGAAGUGUUGUGUCCGGCCAUCUCUUCUCAGAGGCGCUCGACUACCGGUUCCCACAAUUUGGCCGACCUUUUCAUUGAUCCGUCUGUUCGGACGCCAGGACUGCGUUAUCCCUCUCUCUAUGUCCUGAGAUGUAGUGUUCGAGAUCUCAAUUCCAAGUCCAAGUGUGGGACCAAUGGAUGCGCUCGACUACCAUUGUGUGACAUUCACCCAAAUGGUAGUCGAGACCAAAGUAUUGAGGUCUCAGUUCCCGUGUCUUUGCAUUUGUUAGCAAACCAUAGGCCCAGACCUGUUAGAGGUCUGGGCCUUCCCUUGGGUGUAGGGAUUGUGACUACUCGCCACUUGACCGCAGCCAUCCCUGUGCCCGGACCUGUUGGAGAUCCGGGACAGCCCAGGGGUGUAGGGCUUGUGGCCAGUUGUAGGCCCAGACUUUUCUUGUGGCCAAUUGUCAGUUGUAUCCCAAGUUAUGUCUCUUCGUUGUGUCUCUUCGUUGACAUCUCUAGGACUGUAGGACUUGUGAGCGAACAUCCGUUUAGACCAAACCCUGUGUUGUGUCUCCUGAAGUGCGGAACAUCUCUGCUCUCUAAGGAUGUGGGCAUUCAUCACAACACAUGGGUUGAGAAGAGGAGUGACUCUCACCGGCGCUUAAGAGAGAAAGAGUUGAAUCCAUUGGCGCUCAAGAGAUUCGACGACACGAACGAUAGGAUCAGUCUGUCGACCAAUGAGUUCGUGAGGAUUAGCGACAGGAAUAAGAUUUACGGCGGAAUCGGAACAAUAGACGGAAGCGUUUGGAUUAUUAUAACGAAAGUGUCGACCAAUGAGUUCGUGAGGAUUAGCGACAGGAAUAAGAUUUACGGCGGAAUCGGAACAAUAGACGGAAGCGUUUGGAUUGUAUAUAACAAUCGCAAAGUGUUUAAGCGGCCGAUCAUUGGCCGCGACAACGAUGUCGUCAUUCCUCAGCCAUCGGUGGCUCUGACACAACUCAAUAGGGGUCCGACCGUGUUUAAGCGGCCGAUCAUUGGCCGCGACAACAAUGUCGUCAUUCCUCAGCCAUCGGUGGCUCUGACACAACUCAAUAGGGGUCCGACCGGUGCUCACGACCUCUUCAUAACGGGUUCGGCGACUCUGUGUCUCCUCUAUUGUCAUCAAACGGUGUGUACUCUGAAUGGCGGCGAACGAGUGGCCAGUCUUUGCGGUCGCACUUAUGUUAUGAAAUCGGAUAUCGUUUGCGAUUUAGACAACGACUCGGGAGACGACGACUCACUUGAAUACGAGCUGAAGACUGGCCAACACUUGCGUAUCAUUUCGGGUACCGUUAGAGUGAAAGUGUCGGCCGCCGGACACCGAGUCUUUGUCGGCGCCGGCACUCAAUCCAAACAGAGCGUCAAAUAUGAGAUUUUUAGUUAA